GUUUGAUUAAAAAAAAAAAAAAUCCAAAAACAAAAAUAAAACAUUGUUUAAAAGCACGAGGAGGAAUCGAACCAGCGACUUGAGGUUUUGGGCCGGUUUAACCUUUAUGGUCAGGCUCAGGCCCUAGAAUAUCUAAUCUACACGGAGCUCUGAUUCAGCAACUUCAGCUCUUGAAUUUUUUUCGUUUCAGACUAACGGAUCGAAACUUCUCAGCCAAAUCAGCCGCAUCUAACCUCACGCGCCGCCGCAAUGGCAACUCCACCGACGCUACCUGUCACCAAUCAGCAAGCUGUUCAAUCUCAGCCUCCAAUCAACACACCUGCUUUUCGUACUUUCUUCUCACGUCUCUCCACCUCGAUCCGUGAUGGCUUGUCACAGCGUCGUCCAUGGACGGAGCUCAUCGAUCGUAGUUCCAUGGCGAGACCUGAAUCUCUCACCGAUGCCUUGUCCCGGAUAAGGAAGAAUCUCGCUUACUUCAAGGUUAACUACGUCGCCAUCGUCUCCCUCGUACUCGCCUUUUCGCUUUUCUCUCAUCCUCUCUCCCUCCUUGUCCUCAUCGGACUCCUAGGCGGUUGGAUGUUUCUCUACCUCUUCCGUCCCUCAGAUCAGCCACUGGUCGUCUUCGGUCGCACUUUCUCUGAUCGAGAGACUCUGCUUGCUCUUGUGCUGUCUACGAUCGUCGUCGUGUUUAUGACGAGCGUUGGAUCUCUCUUAACCUCCGCGCUUAUGAUUGGUGUUGCAAUCGUUUGCGUACACGGUGCGUUUGUGGUUCCGGAUGAUCUCUUCUUGGACGAGCAAGAGCCUGCGAAUGCUGGAUUACUCUCAUUCCUUGGAGGUUCUGCUACCUCAGCUGCUGCAGCUGUCUCAGGGAGAGUCUAAGAGCUGGAUUUGAUUCAGAUCUCGUCAAUUGUGGUUGGUAACUCCGUACUGAUUUUAGUGAUUUGUUGUUGUUGAAAUGGAAUGUAGAUUCGUAACGAAGCUCUACAGAUUUAGAACUACGAAUUUUUGGUUGCAGUAUCUGCUUCUUCUUGUUGUUUUAUCUCUUUGGUGGCUCGACACUUUUAUGUUCAGAUGUAGAAAACUCAAAGUUGAUCUUUCUCUAUCGUUUCUCCUAUUGUGGGAUUCACUUUUAAAAUUUCAUCUACCUUCAAAUCAGUUUGUUCUCUUUUUUCCUUUAUCAGUAGCAUUGACUUUCAGAGCAUUCUUCACCAAAAUGAAUAAGGAUAUUACUGCAAUUGGGCUGAUCAUGGUCCCACAAAUAUAGCCGUUAGGAGGAGAAGUGAAGGAGCGGAGCGGUUUGUUGUUCGUGUGUCGUGUCCAUUAGGCAGCUCCGACGCAUUAAACGAAGCUGGUCUGCAAGAAUAAAAUAAAAUUAUGUUGUCUGCUUUAUUUGUUACUUUAUUCGGAAGAACAAUACUUUGAUCUCUUUCCUUAGAUUUGGAAUAAAAUUAAAUAAUGUUGACCUCACAUACAAACAACUAAGAGCUAUAAAAAAAAGAUUCCAAG